AUGAUGUUGCUUCGCUCCUGCUUCGUCGGCGACUCCGCGGCGCGCAACCAGGCGGAGGCCCUCGUGUGCUUCCUCUCUACGGUGUCGCGGCCGGAGACGGUGCACCAGUACGACGACCACGUCGGGAAGAAGUUCUGGCGGUGGUCCUUUCCGGCGCCGCACGACGUCGUCGUCUUGACGUACUGGUCGCCGUUUCUCGUGCGGGCUGGGGGCAGGUCUGAGGACUUCGUCCUGGCGCAAGACAUCCUCUUCCUCGACGAGCUCAACGAGCCGUGGACGGCCGAAGCCGACGCCAUGGACGUCAUGGUAAUCUCGGCGGGGCACUGGUUCGACCGCCCGGCCAUCUACCUCGACAACGGCCUGGUCGCCGGGGUGCAAAACCGGCCGGACGUGAACCGCACCCAAAUGAGCUUCCUGGGCGUGUACCACGAGGUGUUGCGCAGGACGCUCGAGUUCGUGAACGCGAACUCGACCACCGACAAGCUAGUGGUGGUGUCGACCAUCGCGCCGGCGCACUUCGACAGGAGGUACAGCUGGAACCACCGCGACGCGUGCUCGCGCACGGCACUGUACGAGGAAGGCGAGACGCAGGUGGGGUCCACGGACGCCGAGCUGAGAAAGGCCGUCCUGGAGGAGGUGGCUGCCGCCGUGGUGAGGUGGCGGCGGUCGGAGCUGCGGUUCGAGGUCCUUGACGUGACGAGGCUGGUGGCGAUGCGGCCCGACGUGCACCCUGGGCCGCACCUCUUCCGGGACGCAUACCGCGAUUGGCCAUUGCCGGAGACGGUGGCAAACGACUGCCUGCACUGGUGCUCCCCCGGGCCGAUCGACACAUUCAACGACAUACUGGCGUGGAUCGUGGAGGUCAAGUCUAGCGUUGACGACUAUAAUGUUCCCGUCGACCGAGAUGGCCGGCGAGAUCAGGUACAAGGUGAGGGAGAGGGAGACAUCAAAAAGAAGGUGCGGGAAGAAAGCAUUCUAUUGUUAGAGAACAGUGUUCAAGUCUGA